GUCAAUGUCAAAUUAAUAAAUUUUAUUAUAUUCCAUAUUCGAAUUUUGUUUUCUUCUUUAUAAUUAUAACGAAAUGGCCAAUAAUUACGGCCUAUCAGAUGCCGAGUUUAAUCUUAUUAAACAGCAGGCUUCUCGGCGUGCCGAGUUGCGUAAAGAAUUUAUAAAGCAACGUACCAAUCCUUGGAAACAUGCUUCAGAGUCUGGCUAUGUUUUUGAUCCAGCUCUUCAGAAAUUUAUAUCAAUGAAAGUCACUCAGUUCGAUAACUUUACUCCGAACCCGAGGACCAGUUUAUUUGGAUUUUGUGCUAUAAUUAUUCCUAUGGUUAGUUAUGGAUAUUUAAUCUGGAACGAUCGUAACAAACAGGAACAGAAGAUCAGGUCUGGAGAACUCCGUUACAGAGAAAGGAAGUUCAAAUUUGCAUAAAUGUGUAAACAUUUCAUUCAUAUUUUGUAGUAUAUUGUGAAUAAUAAAUAAAUAAUUUAAAAUUAACA